AUGUCCAACUUCCUCACCACUACCGACCCCUUUGCUGCUAACUAUAACUGGGAUGACUUGAGCAAUAAUGAGCAGACUGAUACCCCUGCCACUCCUCUACAAUGCAACCCCAGAGGGCAUCAGAGAUCAUCUGAUGUAACGUCUUGGAACCUCCAGCGCCCAACAGGCAAUGUAGACAAAUCUGGGAGAGGUGACGGGCCCUCCCUCUUGACCAGUGUCCUCUUCCAGACUGUCUUGACCGGGUUUCCUCUUUGUGAACCACCUGACCAGCAUCCGGUCCUCUCUUGUGCCAGGCCAAAGAGGGAGGAAUGGGCAGGCAGGCAGGGGCAGGCAGGGAGGGCAAGCUGA